AACUGUUCCCAUUCUGUUAUUACGGCUGUCACUUAAUACGUCAUGCAACAAUAAAACGUAACGUCGUUGUCAAUCGUGGAAACAUGUUUCUCUGCCAUUUCGUUAUCGCUCCCAGUGGCAUCGACAACGUUCCGUAACUCUAAAUACGUUAAAAUGUCGGGAGGCUUAGAUAUACUAUCCCUUAAAGAGGAUGAUAUUACUAAAAUGUUGGUUGCUACCACCCAUUUGGGUUCUGAGAACGUGAACUUCCAAAUGGAACAAUACGUUUACAAGCGCCGCCCUGAUGGCAUCAACAUCAUCAACUUGGGCAAGACCUGGGAAAAGUUGAUGUUGGCUGCACGCGCUAUUGCUGCCAUCGAGCAUGCACAAGAUGUGUACGUUAUUUCCUCUCGUCCAAUUGGUCAACGUGCUGUACUUAAAUUUGCUAAGUAUACCGACACUACACCAAUUGCUGGUCGUUUCACUCCUGGUGCAUUUACAAAUCAAAUUCAAUCAGCUUUCCGUGAACCACGCCUAUUGGUUGUUACUGAUCCAAACACCGAUCACCAACCCAUCAUGGAAGCAUCUUAUGUCAACAUUCCAGUUAUUGCCUUCUGCAAUACUGAUUCACCGUUGCGUUAUAUUGAUAUCGCUAUUCCAUGCAACAACAAAUCUCCACACUCAAUUGGUUUGAUGUGGUGGUUAUUGUCGCGUGAAGUGCUCCGCUUACGUGGUACCAUCUCACGUAAUGUCGAUUGGUCCGUUGUAGUAGAUUUGUUCUUCUACCGUGAUCCAGAAGAAGCUGAGAAGGAAGAAGCUGCUGCUAAAGAACUUAUACCAGCAGCUAAAAUUGAAGAGAUUCCCGAACAUCCCGUCGAAGAAGCAACCAACUGGGCUGAAGAAGUUGCUGCUGAAAAUGUUGGAGGUACUGAAGAUUGGAAUGACGAUGGUGUUAAGAACUCAUGGGGUGUUGAUGGCAACUUCUAAAGUUUUUUUUAUAUGUUUUAAAACAUA